AUGUGGGUCUGCCUGGUGGUUUCUGUCGCGCUAAUCGUCGCUCGACUGGCGCUGCGCAAAGUGAGGGGGCAAAAGAUCACUCACGGUGAUUACUGGUGCCUCUGUGCAGCGGUGUCUAUUGUAGGGAGGCUGCUUGCCAACCACUUUCUACUAAUAUAUGGUUCAACGAGGAUCCUGUCGGCGGAAAGACGUAUCGAACUACUCAAACCCGGGUUUGAAGUGCAGGCUUCCGAAAUCAUAACGGGUAGCAAACUCGUCUUAGCCACUCGAUCGCUACUGAUCUGUGUGUUAUGGUCCUUGAAAAUGGCAGUCCUCGAUCUGCUAGCCAGACUCAUCAUGAAGAUGCCAUACGAGCGAAAACUCCUAUACGUGUUUUGGACUGCACUGUUCUUAACGUACCUUGCCUCUAUCAUCCCAGUGUUCGUGGGAUGCCAUCCUUUCAAGAAGAAUUGGCAGAUACAUCCCUACCCUGGCGACUGUGUUAUCGGAAACGUCUGGCUAUUCACCUACGAAGUGAGCAAUAUCCUAACGGACAUCCUGCUAAUGGCCGUGCCAUUCUCCCUCAUUUUAUCGGUCAGAAUUCCUGGCAUGCAACGCCUUCGACUCCUGUUCCUCUUCAGCAUCGGAAUAUUCCUCAUCGCCGUCAGUAUCAUGCGAAUCGUCCAAGGCCACAACUCGCGAGUCCAAAGCGCUCAUACAUUGUGGGCGUCUUUGGAGAUACUGUUCGCGGUCAUCGUCGCGGUGACUCCGACAUUAUACGCGCUUGUGCGCAAUCGUCACGAAAACACUACAUACGAUAAGAGCCAUCUAUCCAUGGGGGCUACGGCCAGGACACAUCCAGGCAGUUUAGCCGAAGGCGACAGAUAUGCUGCUAGGGUAUGGACGGAACUGAAUGAUAGCGCAAGUCGAACGGAUACCACAAGUAUAGAGGGAAUCUUAGUGGAAAGACGAUACGAGACAUCGGACGUAAAGUUAUGA